UCGACCUUCCCACCCCGCGGCCCCCGGGCCCUUUCAGGCACCUCUCGGCCCUGCCUUGGUCCAGUUCCAGCUAGGCCUCUUCAGGGAGGUGGUGUGGGUGCGCUAAGAGGGCAGCUCAGCUUUCGCCACGCCAAGAGACUGGCGGCAGAGAUCAUAGAACGCAAGGCUCCAGACUGCAGUGUGGUCGGCGUGGGGGAGAAGGUCCUCCUGUUUAGACACCAGCCUGGCUCAGAACACCUCCUCCACAGACUCACAGACCAGGAUCCACUGCAGGACGGUGACCUCAUAGAGGUCAUCCUCUCAGGAUCCGCUACUGUGACGGAGAUGAAGAUCCGCCCACACUCGCUGGCUGUCCAAUCGUAUCGCACCCCCACCUUCUGUCACCACUGUGGUGAGAUGCUGUGGGGACUGAUACGUCAAGGGUUGAAAUGUGAAGGUUGUGGGUUAGACUUCCAUAAGCGCUGUGCGCUGAAGUUGCCUAGUGACUGUAGCCGCGCACGGCGUCGUGUGUGUGGCCCCAGCCUGUCCCUGUUCCCCCCUGGCAGGCCCCGGACGCACUCCCUCUCCACACCUGCAGGAGGCAGUCUAGAGGAGAUCAGUAUGUCCAAGCCCAGGUCCAGACCCCCGUCAUGGACAGAUCACCCGGUGUGGCUGGGGGUGGACCAGGGAAAGGACGGUGAGACAGGCAGGGCCAGGGUGCCCCACACCUUCCACAUCCACAGCUACACCAAGCCUACCGUGUGCCAGCACUGCCGCCACCUCCUCAAAGGCCUCUUCCGCCAGGGCCUACAAUGCUCCGGCGGUUUCUUUAUUGUUUCACCUCUCUCUUUCUCACACUCCCUCUCUCUAUCCCUCUCUCUCGCUUUCUCUCGUUCUCUCUUUCUCUCUCCAGACUGUAAGCUGAACUGCCAUCGUCGCUGUGAGAGCUCCCUGGUCCCCGCUGACUGUCCUGGAGAGAGGAGGAACACCAAUGAGGAAGGAGACUCAGUGUCCAGUCUCGGCUACAAGAACGACACAGAGGAUGAUGAGCAGGAUAUGAGCUUGAGUAUAACAUCACUAGAAGACGAUGACGACGAGCCGUCUACUGAGGUUCCAUUUGCCGAGAACAAGGAAGUGGGACAUCAGCCACCAAUCAUUCCAUGUUUCAGUAAUUAUAUUCCUCUAAUGCGGGUAGUCCAGUCAGUCCGUCACACUAAAAGACAGGCCAGUGGAGUACUGAGAGAGGGUUGGCUACUGCAUCACACCAACACUGACACACUGAGGAAACGUCAUUACUGGAUAUUGGACUGGAAGAAUAUCACUCUGUACCAGAACGAGAUCAACACCAAGUACUACAAGGAGAUUCCUCUAUCUGAGGUGCUGCAGGUACGAGGCCCCGCCCAGCUGUCUGUCCCCUUGUUGCCCGACAACAGUGCCCACUCCUUCGAAGUGGUGACGGGCACACUGGUGUACUGUGUGUUGGCGGGCCGGGACGGACAGGCCUGGGAGACCGCCGUACGCCAGGCUCUGAUGCCCGUGCUGAACAGCGGGCAGGUGGACAAACAGGGACAAGACCAUGAACCCCAGAGUGGAAAAAGCCCGGACGUCAGUUCGGUGUAUCAGAUCUUCACUGAUGAGGUGCUGGGUUCAGGACAGUUUGGAGUGGUGUAUGGAGGCACCCACAGACAGUCUGGUCGGCCAGUGGCCGUCAAGGUCAUCGACAAAACCCGUUUCCCUACCAAACAGGAGAGACAGUUGAGGAACGAGCAGGCAAUUCUACAGAAUCUGUCCCACCUCGGUAUAGUUCUACUGGAGGGCAUGUUUGAGACCAUGGAGCACGUAUUCAUCGUCAUGGAGAAGCUCCAUGGAGAUAUGCUGGAGAUGAUUCUGUCCAAUGAGAAGGGCCGACUGCCAGAGCGCACCACACGUUUCUUGGUUACACAGAUUCUAGAGGCCCUGCGCUACCUGCACUUCAAACACAUCGCUCACUGUGACCUGAAACCUGAGAAUGUACUGCUGGCCUCCCCAGACUCUUUCCCUCAGGUAAAGCUGUGCGACUUUGGUUUUGCCCGCAUCAUCGGCGAGAAGUCGUUCCGCCGGUCGGUGGUGGGCACGCCGGCCUACCUGGCACCCGAGGUCAUCAGUAGCCAUGGUUACAACCGCUCGCUGGACAUGUGGGCGGUGGGUGUGGUCCUGUACGUCAGCCUGAGCGGAACGUUCCCCUUCAACGAGGACGAGGACAUCAGACAACAGAUCACCAAUGCUGCCUUCAUGUACCCCCGCCUGCCCUGGUCUAACAUCUCACUAGAGGCGGUGAGUCUUAUCAACAACCUGCUCCAGGUUGCAGUAAGAUGUAGGUUCAGUGUGGGAAAAGCACUGGGGCACUCCUGGCUACAGGACUUCCAGUUGUGGUGUGACCUGAGGGAGUUUGAGAAGAGGAUGGGCUGCAGGUACCUGACCCACGAGGGGGACGAGGACCGCUGGAGAUGCCACGCACUGGAGAGGGGCCUGGUCUUCCCUUCUCACCUCACCUGGACCCCCGGGCACGAUGACAGCCUGUGACCCUAGGCCCAAAUGUCAAAGGUGAAGGGUCGGACAAGAUGGCGUCUGGACUACUGGUGUGUUUCAGUGGUCAUCAGCAUACACAACUGUCUGGACGCUGUUAGUGGAAGGUGGAGUGGUGAGUCUGUUCUUAUAGCAGUCUCGUAUAAAAAGAUCACCAGAAGAGAUUACGACUCCGGAUUCGGACGCAGUGACAAUUCCUGGACUCUAUGGUGCCCUAGUGAUGCCAGCUGUUGUAGUGGUUAUUAUUUAAUGCAUGAUCAUAUUAGGACUAAUGUUUCAGGCCCUCUGUGCCCCAGAGUAGUAGUUUACCAGGAUCACAAGGCAGGUUCUCUGUCCUUCUACAAAAUGCAUCCUUCUAUGACCCUCCUCCACAGAGUCCAGACAAAUUCACUCAGCCCCUCUAUCCUGCGUUUGGGCGGUAUUGGUACGAUACUGAGAUGUGUAAGCGGUGAUAGAGGUGAUGGUCUACAUACACUAUAUAUACAGAAGUAUGUGGACACCCCUUCAAAUUAGUGGAUUCGGCUAUUUCAGCCACACCCA